UUUUGUUUUUUUUCUUCUCGUUUUUAAUUAUGUCAGUUUCGGUUUAACAAAAACACCCCAAGUUUACAUUAAAUCUUCCACCACCUGAUCAGACAGUAGAUGGCAGCAGAGAGCUGGUGUGAGCCGAAGGCACGUGCUCUACGACCAAUUUAUGCAAAUGAGAUGCUUAUAAAACGAUAAUUACGCCAUUAAAUUAUGAAUUAGGACGCGUCCUGUGCGUCACGAGUCAGAAAACCAACAUAUUGAAUAUUAUGUAAUAAACGUGCCUUUAAAAUCCACACAUAUGCGUGUUGUCCAGGAUUUUGCACACAUGGCCCUGCCCUGUACAGUAAGCAGCGCAUACGUCACACCACCCCCGGCGUUUUUCUCCCCAAAUUCCGCCUCGAGUGGGAAACCAGAAGCUCACAGGGGCUUCUGAGGGAUGCGCGUCCUCUCCCACUUCUUACAACAACAGUGCCAAUCAUUGUGGACCGUUAAUUGCAUCCGGUUUCCCGGUUUACCUCCGGCUGGUAAACCUGCACGCGCUCCUCCUUCCAUUAUGUGAUGCGAAGAGAGAGAGAGAGAGAGAGAGAGAGAGAGAGAGAGAGAGAGAGAGAGAGAGAGAGAGAGAGAGAGAGAGAGACUUUGAUGAAAGGUUUGGUUUUCACCCGUGGGUCAGGAGAACUCGGCGUUUGGAAUGCGUAAAGCGCCUCGCUGGUGGAGGCACGGAGGUGAGAAGAUGACCUCGGACUGGAAUUAAUUCAGAUAGUUUAUUUUUCUGCUGCACAUGGAGGAGAAGAUACACCUUGUUUACGUCCUGGUCUGAUUCACUGCCUGGUGCUGCAGAGGAGCCACUCUUCCACGCUGACCUGUAGAUCCCCAUAAAUUCCCGCCCUAUGAAUUUCGACCAGAUCCUCGCUGCCAUCGGCGGCUUUGGCAAAUAUCAGAAGAUCUUGUACAUCUGGAUUUGUUUGCCUCAGAUCCUUCUCGCCUUCCACAUGAUGGUGAGCAUCUUCACCGGGGCCACGCCGCCCUACCGCUGCCGGGAAAGCUCCAGCUCAGGAGCGGGGAAUCAGACUUCGCUCCCCGCAGAGAACGUCACCCUCUCGGACUCCUCCUGCUUCUCCACCGAGGUGAUGCUGCGGCUGCAGGGCAACCGGACGGAGCGCGACCCGUGCGGCCACGGCUGGGUCUACAGCACGGAGGUUUUCCACAGCACCACUGUCACCGAGUGGGACCUGGUGUGCAGCAAAGCUGGACUGAACAGCCUCGGAUCGUCCAUCUACAUGUUCGGCCUGUUGGUGGGGUCUGUGCUGUUCGGAGCCAUGGCUGACAGGUACGGCCGACGUUUGGUCCUGCUGCUGUCCAUCGCCCUGCAGACUGUGUUUGGAGUCGCUGUAGCUUUUGCGCCCAACUUCCCAGUCUACGUGAUUCUACGCUUCGCAGUUGGGACCACCAUAUCUGGAGUCAUCAUCAACGCUUUUGUUCUUGGUACUGAGUGGACGUGUACCAAGAGACGCAUGCUGGCGGGCAUCAUCACGGACUACACCUUCGGCCUGGGAUACAUGCUGCUUGCAGGGGUGGCCUACCUGAUACGAGACUGGAGAAAGCUGCAGCUCGCUAUAUCAGCCCCAGGCUUCCUGCUCAUCUUCUACAUACGGGUUCUGCCCCAGUCUGCCCGGUGGCUACUGGCCAACGACAGGAGAGAGGAAGCCAUCGCACUCCUCCGCAAAGCGGCGUUAGUUAAUGGCCGGGUCUUACCUCCCGCUGUCCAGACUGAAAAGUGGGAGUUUUUAGGCGGCUCAAAGCGAAGUCACUCAGCUAUGGAUCUAAUCCAGACACCACAGAUGAGAAAGAGAACCAUUAUUUUGUUCUACAUCUGGUUUGUGAACGUGCUAGUGUACUAUGGGCUGUCUCUGGGUGUGUCUCGGUUGGGGACGGACCUCUACCUGACCCAGUUUGUGUUUGGGUUGGUUGAGAUCCCCGCUCGCUCCCUGGUCCUCGUCGUCCUGCCCUUCAGCCGACGCCUCUCCCAGAGUGGCUUCCUGGCGAUUGGGGGUCUUGCCUGCUUGUUGAUGCUCGCCGUCCCUGCAGAUCAUCCCAAUGUCCUGACUGGACUUGCUAUGGUUGGGAAGUUUGGUAUUACGGCCUCAUUUGCUGUCAUCUAUGUGUACACUGCUGAGAUUUUCCCUACUGUGGUAAGGCAAACAGGAAUAGGUGUGUCCAGCAUGUUUGCGAGGAUGGGGGGCGUAUUGGCACCCAUUAUAAUCAUGCUGCACAACCACAACCCUGUCAUGCCGCUCAUCAUCUUUGGCACUUCCCCGCUUCUGGGAGCAAUUCUGGCCUUGGCGCUGCCUGAAACUGCUGACCGACCUCUGCCAGACACGCUGGAGGACGUAGAGAACUGGGAUGCCAGGAUGGCUCCCAUUUUGGAAAACCUUGAGCCGUACGAAGACUUCGAUCCACCAGAGAGCAGCUGCAACAUCUAGCGAGCCAGAACUCGAGUGUGUGCAGCAGAGAUGAGCCGAUUCUGUCAACCAAACGUUUCACUGCCUCAAAGCUCCGACAUCUAACACACUCAACCAUCUUCUAUGCAACUGCAAAUCACGGUGUGAUUAUGAGCUCUAUCCAAGAAAGCCAGACGUGCUUCACACACACCAAAUCAGCACAAGGUGUUCACACACAAACACACACAAAGAAGGCAUUCAGCGCUCCUGCCAAGGCCAAUGAAAACCUCACUGUUUAAGCUGACGCAGGUGAGAACCAGCAGUCAGGAAUAGUUGCAGUUCACACUUUUGUAUGUCCGUCGUCCAGUUUGCACCUUUAACCCAGUUUUACAAAGCGAACUCACGAAGAGCGUCCUGUAGAUGUGAGGAAGUAGAAAAUAACUCACCUUAGGAGUUUGCAGACCAUUUUUGCAUAUUUGUAUGCCUUUAUAAAUGUCUAUAUAAAACUUCCAGUCCAACACUAA